CCAUAUUACCAUGUUACCAGGCCAAGAUGAGAAAGCUUUCUGCCUCAGCCAAAAAGAAAUCCUCCGUCACCACACGUCAGAUGACCCCAAGGAAAAGAACCAUGCCUGAUAGGACAGCUAAGACACCUCAGAAGGGCGUGGGUUCAACGCCCAAGAGGGGCGCCAGCACUCCCAGGUUGCGAAAGAAAAGGGCCCUGACAUCAACUUCAGGGGGACUUACUCCGAAAAGACCUAAGCGGUCCACUCCUGUAAAAUCGACCAAGCCGGAGGAGAUGACCUCUCCUCGUAGGUCAGCCAGGAAGCUUGCCAAGGAUCAUCAUCCUACCACCACUUUCACUUCUCCAUCUACCUCGUCCUCCCAUCAACCAUCUUCCUCAUCAUCAGCAGCAGCAGCAUCAUCAACGCCGUCCAAGAAAACUCAGAAGCCAACUAGAGACUCAGUCAAGAGCGCAGAGUCCCAGAGAGCAAGGACUGCCUCAGAGUCCAGAUCAGAGAAGCAUAAAAGGAAAUUGCGUUCCAUUGUGGAGGAGACACUAGCAGCCAAGGGGAUUGAUUCCAGUCAUGUUUGCUUCAAGCCUUGCGUUACGAGACUCUACAACCAAACUAAGAUGUUUGUGAAGGAUCUGAAGUCCUCUAAGGGCCUCUAUGAUGAAAUGAGGAAGAUUGCCGAGGCCAACGCUGACUUUGUCAUCUCCUUCGAGCAGAAUAGAGCAGCAUCUAAGUCUUAAUUGAUGUCUUACUCCGAGAUCAAGUAAAGCAUACUGGGAUUCACUUCUGUGUAAUGCAGAGGGUAAAGAAGCAACAAGAAAUAGGUUACUUCAUGCGAUGUUUGAAUCUUUCAGGCUAUCUGUAAACCUUUUGUGCAGAGUGUACAUGCAGUGGGAUAGCUACAUGGUGGCCUACAGAUGUCCUCCCCCCCCCCCCAUUGAA